CAUGUGACAUAAUUAAUUAUUGAAGGAUGAUGGAAGAAACAAUUGCUAAGUGGGUGCUUCUUGGAUUGGGCUUCAAUGGUUGUGAACAACUGGGGCCUCACUCUGAGCCAGACAACCAAGAUGUAUGUUCUCUGUCUGUUUCCACCCCACUGCCACUGUUGACCCUCUCCACUCGAACUCCGACCAGACCAGAGUUGAAGAUCAGCUGCACAUGGGAUUCAUUGCACAUAACAGGAGAGUCACUCAAGGACGAUGUAGUACUUACAACUGGGAGGUGGAAGACGGUACUGGCUAGCUCCAAGUUGACGAAGUAUAAUAUUUCAGAGAUCAAAGAAGUUGGCUGCAAGAUGAUAUUGAACACUGAUUCGAAGGUUUUAUUAGCAACUAAAGAUCCACAAGACAAAGAAACAAUGUUUGUGAGUGAACAGGAGUUGUCGAUGUCAGGUAUACCUAAUUUCUCAACGCUUGAAGACGGAACGUUAUAUGCACUACUGAAAAACAAACAAUUCCAUUCUUGUACCAUCUCUCCCCUAACAAAUGAUGCAGCAGCUAAAGAGACCAUAUCGAUUGGCCAUCAACUGCUCACGAGUAGUAUCCCCAUCAUUAAAGUAUCUUGUGGCACGGAUCACGUUCUCCUACUCUCUUCGAUCGGUUCUCUCUUCUCUAUGGGUCUGAACUCACGAGGCCAGCUUGGACAAGGAGACAUAGAGACAAGAACACAGCCCUCACUUGUGGCUGCACUGGAUGGCUUGGCUAUUAAAGACAUUAGCUGUGGACAUUGGCAUUGUUUGGCGUUGUCUGAGAUUGGAGACGUGUAUUCUUGGGGUUGGAACCAACACAAGCAGCUGGGGCACUCAGAGUCCACUGUCACUGUCCCCAUGCCAACGCUGGUUGAGUUUGAGAAGGAAGAUGUGAAUAUUGUCUGUAUCAGCUGUGGAUCCAAGCAUUCUGUUGCCCUGAGUGAUCGUGGGGUGGUGUACGGAUGGGGGUGGAAUGGAUAUGGACAGCUGGGAAGAAGAAAGGAAGAAACGAUUACAUACCCUAAGUGCAUUGAGCUAUUAGAAACAUUGACACCUGUGUAUGUGUAUUGCAAGUACUGGAAUACACUCGUUUUGUGUGAAAAUAGAAUAGUUUAAUGUGUAUACCAAUUAUAUUGCAGGUACUGAACUACUUUGAAAAAUUGUUUAUACUGAUUA